AAAAACAAAAACAAUAACAAAGCAAAACAGAACACUCUGCCCUUCUCUCUCUCUAGAUGACUUCAAAUUCAAUUUUGACUACUUCCCAAAGCAUGGCGGUCGCGACCGCCAUGGCAAUUUCCGGCACCGUCAUCAUCUUCGCCCUUCGUCUUCAGAAAUCUUCCCUCCUUCCUCGCUCCUGCAUCUCAUCGUCUGAUGGGAAAAACAAUAAGAAGAUGAAGACGAAGAAGAAAAGGGUACAAUUUGCAGAGAACGUGGUGGACCCAAUCGGAGAUGGGAGAGAAUAUCGAAGGCGGCGGAGUAAAAUUGACGUGGGGAAUGAAGAGAAAGAAAUAGGUAGAGAGAGAGAAAUGCCGGCGAAUCGGGUUGCUUUGUAUAAUGGAAUUUUAAGGGAUCGGCGCCGGUCGGCUUACUCUUAUUGAUCAUGAUUCAUGAUUCAUGAUCAUCUAAUUAUUGUUCUUAAAUAGAUUUGGUAUGUUUGUAUAUAUUGUUUUAGUGAAAUCUGAUUUUCCCUUUGGAAAUCUCUUGACAGGUUUAGUUUGUAGUAUAAUUGUUUCAAAGAUUCUGUCUUUUUUGAUGAUUCUAAUUUAAGUGGUGUUUGCUCCAAAUUGGAAUGGAAGCACAAG